ACACACACACACACACACACACACACACACACACACACACACACACACACACACACUCAGCAGCAGCAGGAGCAGCCGGGACUGAGGCUCUGUUCGCGGCCUGAAGAGGAGACGACCCUCUGGAGACACUGAGAGCCACAGAAAACGAUUUGGACCACUCGGGCUUCUUCUUUGACAACUUGGUGUUCUGUUUGGACAACUUGGUUUUAGUUUUUCCUCCCCCGAGUCUGUAGAGCAGAAUGCGGGUUUUGAUCCGGGCUCUGGUGGCCUGGAGCUGGGUGUUGCUGUGCGCUCGCGCCGCGAUGGAUGAGUGUUUGGACGAGCAGCUCCGCGCGCAGCGAUGCAUGCCCGAGUUCGUGAACGCAGCCUUUAACGUGACGGUGGUGUCGACCAACACCUGCGGCUCUCCGCCCGAGGAGUACUGCGUGCAGACCGGCGCCACCGGGGUCACCAAGUCCUGCCACAUCUGCUCCGCCGGAGACUCGAGGAACCACCACAGUGCCGGGUACCUGACGGACUACAACAACCAGCAGGACACCACCUGGUGGCAGAGCCAGACCAUGCUGGCGGGGAUUCAGUACCCCAACUCCAUCAACCUCACCCUGCACCUCGGCAAAUCCUUCGACAUCACCUACGUUCGGCUGAAGUUCCACACCAGCCGCCCCGAGAGUUUCGCCAUCUACAAGCGGACCCGUGAGGGCGGGCCCUGGAUUCCCUACCAGUACUACAGCGGCUCCUGUGAGAAGACCUACCAGAAGCCAGGUCGAGGAUUCAUCCGCACCGGGGAGGACGAGCAGCAGGCGCUGUGCACCGACGACUUCAGCGACAUCUCUCCGCUCACCGGGGGGAACGUGGCCUUCUCCACACUGGAGGGCCGACCCAGCGCCUACAACUUCGACAACAGCCCGGUGCUGCAGGACUGGGUGACGGCCACCGACAUCAGGGUGACUCUGAACCGACUCAACACGUUCGGAGAUGAAGUUUUCAACGACCCCAAAGUCCUCAAGUCAUACUACUACGCCAUCUCCGACUUCGCUGUGGGCGGCCGGUGUAAGUGUAACGGCCAUGCCAGUGAGUGUGUGAAGAACCCCGUUGGGCGGCUGGUGUGUAACUGCAAACACAACACGGAGGGAGACGACUGCAACACCUGCCAGGCGUUCUACAACGACCGUCCAUGGAGGAGGGCGACGGCCGACAACAGCAACGACUGCCAGGCCUGCGACUGUAACGGGAAGAGUUCUGAGUGUUACUUUGACGCCGAGCUGUACCGGGCCACCGGGCACGGCGGACACUGCAGAGGCUGCGCCGACAACACGGACGGACCCAACUGCGAGCGCUGCCUCGACUACUACCACCGGGACCCGAGCGGCAGCCGCUGCCUGGCCUGCAGCUGCAACACCGUCGGCUCGGUGUCUCCUCAGUGUGACAACAGAGGAGUGUGUGCGUGUAAACCCGGAGUGACCGGAGAGAAGUGUGACCGCUGCCAGCCUGGCUUCCACAGCCUGACGCAGGCCGGCUGCAGGCCGUGCUCCUGCUCUCCCUCCGGCAGCACUCAGGAGUGUGAUGUGAACACGGGACAGUGCCGCUGCAAAGACAACGUGGAGGGCUUCAGCUGCGACAGGUGUAAGCUGGGCUUCUUUAACCUGGACCCCCACAACCCUCAGGGCUGCACCCCCUGCUUCUGCUUCCAGCACUCCUCGGUGUGCGACAGCGCCGACGGCUUCACGAUACACACCGUCAGCUCCGCCUUCUCCUCCGGUGACGAGCAGUGGAGCGGCCAGCAGCGAGAUGGAGGCAGCGUCUCGGUGCUUUGGUCGUCCAGUGGACAGGAAGUGUCCCUCAUCUCCGACGACUACUUCCCCAUGUACUUCGUAGCCCCAGAUAAGUUUUUGGGGAACCAGAUGCUGAGCUACGGUCAGAAUCUGUCUCUGAGUUUCCGGGUGGAGCGGCGGGACACCCGUCUGUCAGCGGAGGACGUGGUGCUGGAGGGGGCGGGGCUUAGAGUUGCUGUGCCACUCAUCGCCCAGGGCAACGCCUACCCCAACGAGAACAUGCAGACAUACGUGUUCAGGCUCCAUGACAGCACUGAUUACCCCUGGAGGCCGACCAUCAGCCACAACGACUUCCAGAAACUUCUCCACAACCUGACCUCCAUCAAGAUCAGAGGGACCUACAGCGAGAGAAGCGCUGGUUACCUGGACGACGUCUCCUUGGUGACAGCGAGGCGGGGGGGUCCUGGUGAGCCCGCCCACUGGGUGGAGCGCUGCACCUGUCCUCAGGGUUACCAGGGGCAACACUGUGAGCAGUGCACUCUGGGAUACCGUCGAGUCCAGCCCGAGCUUGGAGCCUUCAGCUCCUGCGAGCCCUGCAACUGCAACGGGCACAGCGAGGCCUGCUCCCCCAGCACCGGAGCGUGCGACUGUCGGGACAACACGGCCGGCCUCAGCUGUGAACGCUGUAAGGACGGUUUCUACGGCGACGCCACCAGCGGCUCGUCCUCCGAUUGUCAGCCGUGUCCCUGUCCCGCCUCCGCCACCUGCGCCGUGGUGCCCAAAACCAGAGAGGUGGUGUGUACCAACUGCCCUACAGGAACCACAGGUAAGCGCUGCGAGCUGUGUGACGACGGGUUCUUCGGCGACCCGCUGGGUCAGAGCGGCCCGGUGCGAGCCUGCCGAGCCUGCAAGUGCAGCGACAACAUCGACCCAAACGCCGUGGGGAACUGCAACCGCGAGACGGGCGAGUGUCUGAAGUGCAUCUACAACACGGACGGGUUCUUCUGCGACCGCUGCAAGGACGGGUUCUACGGGAACGCCCUCGCCGCCGCCGUCGGAGACAAGUGCAAACCCUGCUCCUGCUCGCCGCUCGGCACUCUGGGUAGUCAGGUGAGCUGCUCUCAGGUGACCGGGCAGUGCGAGUGUCUCUCUAACGUGGCGGAGAGAGACUGCAGCGCCUGCCAGCCCGGCUUCUUCAACCUGCAGAGCGGAGACGGCUGCGAGAGGUGUAACUGUAAUCCGAUUGGCUCUACCAACGGUCAGUGUGACAUCACGUCGGGUCAGUGCGAGUGUCAGCCCGGCGUCACCGGACGCCACUGCGAGCGCUGCGAGGAGAACUCCUUCGGGUUCAGCGCCUCGGGCUGCAAACCCUGCGACUGCGACCCGGAGGGCUCGGCCUCGGCUCAGUGUCAGGACGACGGGCGCUGCGAGUGCCGGCCGGGCUUCGUGGGCUCUCGCUGCGACAUGUGUGAGGAGAACUACUUCUACAACCGCUCAGCGCCCGGCUGCCAGCAGUGCCCGUCCUGCUACAGCCUGGUCCGGGACAAGGUGAACCAGCAGCGGCAGAAGCUGCAUGACCUGCAGACUCUGAUCGAUAAUCUGGGCUCGGGUCAGGAGACGGUCAGCGACCAGGCCUUCGAGGACCGUCUGAAGGAGGCGGAGAAGAGCAUCGAGGAGCUGCUGCAGGAGGCGCAGAGCAGCAAGGACGUGGACCGCGGGCUGCUGGAGCGUCUGAACAGCAUCAACAGUUCGCUGAGCACGCAGUGGAACCGUCUGCAGAACAUCCGCAGCACGGUGGACGACACCGGGCUGCAGGCCGACCGAGCUCGAUCCCGAGUCCGAGACGCCGAGAGCCUGAUCGACCGAGCGCGCCACGAGCUCGACAAGGCCAAGGACGCCGUGGCCAAAGUGGAUAUCAAAGCCCCGAGUGGCAGCGGAGACCCGAACAACAUGACGCUGCUCGCUGAGGAAGCACGCACGCUGGCCGACAAACACAAGAUGGACGCCGAUCAGAUCGAGAAGAUCGCUAAAGACGCCAACGACACGUCGACUCGAGCUCACGAGCUGCUGCUGAAGACUCUGGAGGGGGAGAGCCAGACGAGCCGCGAGAUCGACGAGCUCAACAAGAAGUACACCGAGGCGAAGGAGCUGGCGAAGAGUCUGGAGAAGCAGGCCAACAAGGUGCAGGCGGAAGCCGAGGACGCCGGGAACCGGGCGCUGAAGAUCUUCGCCAACCUCACCAGCACCCCGCCGUUCGACACCAAAACUCUGGAGGAUGAGGCCAGUAAAAUAAAGAAGGAGGCCUCAGACCUCGAUAAGCUCAUCGACAAGACGGAGAAGGAGUACAACGACCUGCGAGACGACCUGAAGGGCAAAGAGCAGGAAGUUCGCAAACUGCUGGAAAAAGGACGCAGCGAGCAGCAGACUGCAGAUCAGCUGCUGGCCCGAGCGGACGCUGCUAAAGCUCUGGCCGAGGAGGCGGCGGAGAAAGGGAAGGCGACUUUCAGAGAGGCCGAGAGCAUCCUGGAGGACCUGCGAGACUUUGACCGCAGAGUGAACGACAACAAGACGGCGGCGGAGGACGCUCUGAAGAAAAUCCCUGCCAUCAACGCCACCAUCAUGGCCGCCAACCAGAAGACACGGCAGGCGGAGGCGGCGCUCGGAAACGCCAACGCCGACGCCCGGGAGGCCAAGGCCAAGGCGGAGGAGGCGGAGAAGAUCGCAGGAAACGUGCAGAAGGGCUCGGCGAAGACGAAGGAGGAUGCAGAGAAGGCUCUGGAAGAAACCACCCGAUUGGACGGGGAGGUGUCGGCCAUGAUGGAGCAGCUGGACGAUGCCGAGCAGGAGCUGAACCGCAAGAAGGCCGAGGCGGCGGCAGACAUGAUGAUGGCCGGCAUGGCGUCUGAUAACGCGAAGGAGGCUGAGGACAACGCCCGCAAAGCCAAGAGCGCCGUGAAGACGGUGCUGAGCACCAUCACCGCCCUGCUGGACCAGCUGGGAAACAUCGAUAAGGUGGACCUGAGCAAGCUGAACCAGAUCGACGAGUCCCUGAAGCGGGCAAAGGGCUCGAUGGGGGCCAGCGAUCUGGACCGGAAGCUGUCGGAGCUGACCGAGGUGGCACGCUCUCAGGAGGAUCUCAUCAACGAUUACGACCGGCAGAUCCGCGAGAUCCACGCCGACAUCAACAACCUGAACGACAUCAAGAACACGUUACCAGAGGGCUGCUUCAACACGCCGUCCCUGGAGCGGCCCUAAACCCCCUACCCCCACCCCCCCUCCCUCACCCCCUCACUUUACCAAAACAGUUUCAGAUCUCUGUCAAAGAAGCCAAGAUUUCAAGCCACGUGUUUAGUUUUUUUCAAGAGAAGCAGCUGUUUCUGUCUGGCAGUGACGCGCUGACGGUCGAUGAACUAAGCCGUGCAUAGAGGAAGAGAAAAACCCAGAACCACAAACCCGACGUGACUGCACCCGCCAUCAGGAAGUUCCUCACGUAUUACCCAUCAUGCAGCUCUUCACAGUCUGCAGCUGCUGGUUCAUAAUCAGAAAGCACACAGUGAAGGACUCUUCUUCUGCUCUUCCAAAGCCUGCAGUAUUUCAUUCUCCUGCAGUGUGUGUGUGUGUGUGUGUGUGUGUGUGUGUGUGUGUGUGUGUGUGUGUGUGUGUGUGUGUGUGUGUGUGUGUGUGUGUGUGUGUGUGUGUGUGUGUGUGUGUGUGUGUGUGUGUGUGUGUGUGUGUUAGAGAAAACACACACACUCUUACAUCCCGUGUGCACAAGACCCUCAGGAUAACAGCUUUAAUGCAUGAUUGAGAAAUGUGCCAGCUUUAUUUUGCCAUGUAGGGAUUGAAGAGAAAGACUACAUUUACCAGGAUGCAUUGGGCCUCCUCAUUUAGCGCCAUCAUGUGACAGUGACAGGAAGAACGACAAACUCUUUCAGCUUGUAGUUCUUUCAAACAGAACUUCCUGUCUCGCUUGCUCUGGUUAAACAUGAUUGGAAGUCUUGUGGAGCUUGGGGAAGUAGAGAAGGGAAACAGAAGUUCUGAUGUUGUUCCCUCGUGACGUGGAGCUCAGUUUAGGGUUAAAGGUUAUUUCUGUCUUCGUGUGGAAACGGCUCCUCCUGUAGAACCUGGAUCAGAUGAAUCCACAGACUGUUAUCCUGCGUGGUCUUGUGCACACGAGCUCUCAGAUGAUUUAGCGUGUUCUUAGCGGUCUCUUGGUGUUUUACCGCGUGUCUUCCUGAAGCUGACCACUGUCUGCUCCUCACUCCUAACCCUGCUUCCAGGCUCAAUCCAACACUAUGCAACUUUGUACAUUUUGCGUAGCGAGAGUUUUAUUACCUGAUACACUGGUGCUAAUAAUUAUUUCAAAUGUUAUAUUUUUGUGUGAAUGUUUUUUAUUCUGACAUAGUGAGGAACGUGUUAUUUGUGUAAAUAUAUGCUUAAAUGAUUCGAGAGCGGCUGCUUUUAAGAGCGAGCGGCCGCCGAUCACAAUCAGUCACCUCCAGGUUAAAUAUAUAUGAAUAUCUACGAUAACGUAUGUGGUAUUAUUACGAUCAUAUGCUUGCUUGUAUACAGUUGCUGCCUCACAGCGAUGCCAAUAUUUUGUGUUUUUAUUGAUUCUCGUGAGUUAAUUAACUGAAUCUUCUCGUGUAGUUUUUGUUUCUUUGAGCUUUCAGGACCCCUCUGAACCGAUCUGCUCGCCCUCAUGGAGAUUAUGAGCUUGGCCACUCGUUGCUAUCCUAGUUUUAAUUAGUGUUUUUGUGCCUUAAUAUAAAGUUCAGAUGUAAUCACGGUCCACUUUUUACCCCACAGAAAUGUCCUCCUCGUCUCGGUGCUGAAGCAGGGGCUUUAUUUUGUUUUAAAUCAGGUCCUUAACAGAGAAACCUGCAGCAGCCAAUCAGCAGCUGGUAAAAUAUGCAAUCAUGCUCCUAGAUUCUCUCUGCAGCUCAGAGUCAUGCUGUGAACCCUGAGGUGCUGAGGACCCAAAGUUAAUGAUAGAAAUGUAGGGUAGGGGUCUCCUGCAGGAUGCUAACCUGCAUAUGUUGGGUAGUUAGUACAGUAAACAUAAGCUGCAUUAGUUAGCGUAUGCAGACAGUAGUCUGGAGGUUAUUGAGGAUGCUGAAUCCAUUUCUGACAUUUUCAGGAUCAAAAAUGGCAGUUUUGAGUCUGCUGAAACAUUAAAUCGACCCAGAAUUCAUAAACGUCCCAACGGGACUACUGCCAUUUCUGAUCCUGUACAUGUCAGAAAUGGAUUUAACCUCCUCAAUAACCCCAAACUGUAAUUUAUUAACUAUUGUCCACAUAGUUAAUACCAUUAAUGCUAAUCAAUGCACCUGAUGCUGACUGCCCAACAUCUGCAGGUUAGCUUCAGCAGUGUCUCUGAGCUGGAGACCCCUACUCUACAUCUCUGUAACUCUGGGGUCUCCACACCUCCAGGUUCACCGAGCUGGAGAGUAGACGGGUCUGAUGGCAGUCCUUCAGAGCAGACUCCCCCCCUGACCAGCAGAGCUCCACACAGAGAUGUGUUUCUGUCCUCCCUCCAUCCAGGCUGCAGGAUGUGCAGCACACACAAACACACACACACACACACACACACACACACACACACACACACACACACACACACACACACACACACUGAUGUAUGAACAGUAUUUUAAGUUAUAAUGUACCACUUAUUUGUAUUGUAACCUGUUGUCUUGGACGUGUGCUGCGCGGCCUGCAGCGCCUUUUCAUAUUCUGUCUCCUGUGAGGACCUGAGUGACUCUGUUCACUGCCUGUAAAUCCAGACUUAACAUUUGAAUAAUAAAAAACAUUACUACAGGAA